AAGCUUACGCGAGGGGGUUUUGCUUAAAGGUAAGAGCCGUCGUUUUUAUCUGCGAAACUCAUAAUCGGAACGACGAUGGCGGAGAAAGCAAUCGAAUCGGUGCAAUGCUUCGGCCGCAAGAAGACGGCGGUGGCCGUAACGUACUGCAAGAGAGGCCGUGGUCUGAUUAAGAUCAACGGCUGUCCCAUCGAGCUCGUCGAGCCGGAGAUCCUACGUUUCAAGGCCGUCGAGCCAAUCCUUCUCCUCGGUCGUCAACGCUUCGCCGGCGUCGACAUGAGGAUCCGAGUCAAGGGAGGAGGUCACACUUCUCAGAUCUACGCUAUCCGCCAAAGCAUCGCUAAAGCACUCGUGGCUUUUUACCAGAAGUACGUUGAUGAGCAGAGCAAGAAGGAGAUUAAGGAUAUUUUGGUCAGGUACGAUAGGACUUUGCUGGUUGCUGAUCCCAGGAGGUGCGAGCCCAAGAAGUUCGGAGGAAGAGGUGCUAGGGCUAGGUUCCAGAAGAGUUACCGUUGAAGAAGCUUUAUGGUUCGUUUUAAUAUGGUUAUGCUUGUUUCGAAUUAAGUUUUUAUUAUGUGUUUAAAUUAGCUUCGACUUGUGUUUCAGAAUUUUUGGAUGUUUGUUUUGCUUGUUUAAAUUUAUAGAUAAAUGCUUAAGAC